AUGGCUUUUAUUCUCGGCAGAGCCACUGCCUUCUCAGCUGAAGAUCGUGGACGCGCUGAGGAGGUUGUCGAGACACGGGAAUUCCGCAAUUGGGUCACCAGUAAAGAGAGAAGUAGUCUCGGAGACGGCGCUCUCCUGAUCCAUGGAGACUACGACCUUGGUGACUACCCCGAGAUUUCACCUCUAUCAGCGCUAUGCGUCGCCUUCGUGCAAAUGCUACGAAUCAGACACGACAAGUCCGGCAGAAACAAGGACAAGAGACUUGAGCACGCCAUUCAGGAAGCGCAAGGCUAUCCUGUCUAUGAAAAGUAUGCCAAACACUGGAAGAGGACCUAG